AUGCAUAGCAGCGAAACUCCUGCUGCCUGGCUGACCCGAGUGAACAUUUCCGAGGCGGAAAAUUUGUUUCGACAGUGGCUGACUGCCGAGGGAAAACAUCCAGCCCUGCCUAAAGUCGUGGGCGUCGUCAACCAUACAGAACCGGCGGCAAGCUUCCCCGGUACGAAAAGAGAGCAGGAAAUGGAAGGGGAAAAAAGGUUCGAGGCCGCAUCAAGCAGGAACACCAGAGGGUGCGCUGUGGUACUCUAUGACCCCGUUGCUUGGGUUGCUUGGGACAAGCACCCGCUUUUCGCACGAGCGCCGCGUCCUCGUCCCAGCAAAGGGUUGGAUGGCAUCUGCACUGGCCGAGCGCCACGCAAAUACCAGUCGAAGCCAGCCUGUGAAAAGAUUGAAAUGAUCAGCGACGGGCGCGAGGUCAUGAAGAUUGAGGAUCUCAACCUUUCGCCAUUACUCAUGCUGCUACUUCGACAUUCCAUCGGAAGGACAGGAUCGCUUCAACCACCCACGAAUGGCGGAGGAAACCCUCCAAGUGGCGGUGGUAGCAGCUGGCCUGUGCAAGUGUCUCGUCGAGUGUCAAGAGGCGACGCCAUUCAAUACAGCCGAGGAGAAGGAAGGCUAAGGGCGGUAUCUGGACGCCGAUGUGUUCGACCAUGGCCAGUUGACACAGGGGAUGGGGGACAAGGCCGACGAACAACCGACGGGAGCCAUACAAGCGGCAGAUGA